CGUCGCAGUUAUAUGCAGUGCACAGUUGUUAGCAAUAUUGCAAUUUUCUAUUCGUUGUAUCAACAGGCAAUCAGAUAUAAUUGCAUUUGAAUAGCAUCAAUUAGCAUAAAUAAUUAUAUAUUCUGCAAUGUCAUCCAAGUAAAGGUGGGAGAUCUACGUCUUUUAAAUAAUUCCAACUAGAUCCUUUCCACAGAGUUGCAAUCAAUAAUUCAGAGACUACGGUAUUCUUUUCAUCCUUGUCUUAUCCUUUAUCUACUUUCUGGGAUUCGCUCACGCGCCAUUCGAGAAAGCGAUAUCCAUUGUGCUGCAACUCAGUUGGAUACAAUAACAUCAUCUACGACUGACAUGGAAAACAUUAAACUUAUUCCUUCGCUGGAGUCAAUAUCCAAACAAGAAUUAUAUGACAACUGGGAGAAAAAUGCUCCGAAAAUUAUGUUUGGUGAACAUCAACUUUCCUUAGAUAUAAGUGAAGAUGUCGGCGAAUUUUUUCGUGAGAAAGCCAAGAAGGAAUUGCGGGAGACGCCAGAAGUUGUCGCCCAAGGUUUCAAGGAAUUGAAAGAAUUAAUAUCAGAGGAACCUGAUCUGCAUGUACCGAAAGACAUGGAGGACUUCCUUAUAGUAUUCUUGCGUCCAUGCAAAUGGUAUGCGGAGAGCGCUUUCAUACUAAUGCAACGGUAUUACCGAUUCCGUCAAACCUAUUCACACUUAUAUAAAGAUUUGUCUAUCAGUAAAGACAAAACUGCAAUGUGUGCCGGCAUGGUGAUUCUACUGCCGCUUCGUACUAAAGAUGGAAGCAGAGUGGUAGUAGUCGAUUGUGGAAAAUGGGAUCCGAAGGAAGUGUCGGUCGAUGAAUGUGUUAAAGGCAUCAUAAUCGGCUUGUUUUUAACGUUUGUGGAAUACAAAACUCAGAUUGCAGGUGGGCAUAUUAUUUUAGACGUCGAAGGUACAUCUUUUGGUCAGUUAAGGCACGCCACCGUGUCCUUGCUCAAAAUGAUGUCACAUUUUUUACAAAGAUGUUUGCCCAUUCGUGUCAAAGGUUUCCACGUUGUAAAUCAAUCUCGUGUCGUCAACGUAGCACUCGCGUUGAUCAAACGUUUCAUGGAGGAGAAAUAUCGCGAUCGGAUUUACAUUCAUGGGACAAACUGGGAGUCCUUAAUGACUCACAUAGAUAAAAGGGCAUUGCCUAAGAAAUAUGAUGGUGAUAUAGAAAUGCCCAAAGAAGAAUGCGGUGUUGCGUUAUGGCAGAAUUUCCUUUAUCUCGAACCUAUGUUUUUAGCUGAACUGCAAUAUGGAUACAAAACUGAUAAAGAUAAGAUGUAACAGCUGCAAAAAUUAUCCGGUCAAUAUGUUACCAUCG